AUGAUGCGAUCAUUUGCUACCCUCUGGGAUUAUCUUAGAAACUCAUCCUUCAACAUUUCACAUUAUCUGUCCUCUCUACUACUCCACUCUAGGAUGGAUAUACCCAUGCAGACAGGGCGUGACAUUUGGUGGCACGACCUCUUGGCAUGCAUAACACCCUCGGAGCUCGGGGGCCAAGUUGACUGUUGUCCUAUUGAAUGGUGUGACGCCGAGGACUCUUUGUUUAUGCUCUACACUAGUGGCAGUACUGGUCGACCCAAGGGUGUACUGCACACUCUAGGGGGAUACAUGGUUUACACUGGGACGACCUUCUACUACACCUUCGACUACCAUGCUGAUGAUAUUUAUUGGUGCACCGCAGAUGUUGGCUGGAUUACAGGUCCAUACCGUCUGACUUGA